UGAUGACUCUAAGAGAAUGAAUACAGCACCUCAACCUGUUGCAGAGUUUGGGAGCAACCAAGAAGUGGAAAUCUCAGAAUCUGAGAGUGAAUUUGAUUUGAACGAUCCCCAUCUUGCUAUAAAACAGAUAUUCAACUGCUUCGACACAGAUGGAGAUGGCUUUAUCGAUAGGACUGAUUUAGUGGAGGUUUGUAGACAUCUUGGUUACGAUGACGACUACGCUGACGACAUCUUAAACCAGAUCGGACAAGAUGGAUUUAUAUCCUACGAAGCUUUCGCUCAGUCAAACCUCGCUCUUAUGGCUAAUGAUAUAGGAGAUAAUAUCUCUGAUAGAGCAGAUAUCUGGGAUGCAGCAGAACCAGCUGAGCAGACCUGGACCCCUAACCCGGGCCCUGAGACCUGGACCCCUAACCCGGGCCCUGGGGCCUGGGACUUUGACAAACAGUCACAGGAGUUAUUUGAGAAAUCAAACCCUAAUGACCAAGAUAACAGGUAUACUGGACAUGAAGAACGAGUCAUACUCUUUAAAGAUGGAGCAGAUAAGUGCAGACAGUGUUCCAAACUGCAACAGGAGCUGGCGCGAACAGAGGCGGAAAUGGUAAACAUUCUGACGGAGGUGCAACAGGCUAGAAAGAGUAGUAAAAUACUGGACAGUCUCAAGAACCAGCUGACUAAGUCCGAGUCAGAUCUAGAGCGCUCUGAGAUCCAGCUGGAACAGACAGUGAGUGAACUGAGAUCAGCUAAAAUAAGUCACAAUGAGGCCGGACAGCUGAAGGAUGUGUACAGGAAGAAGUGUGAAGCUUAUCUUAGACAGAGGAAGGAUAUAGAGGAGCAGAUCAGUGAAGGUAGUUUGGAGGGAGUAAUGAAGGUAAUGAAGGAGCCCCUGACGCUUGACGACGCUUCACUGGGCCCAGAGAGUGAGACUAGAGAGGAACUAGCGUGGAAGUUACAAAGUUACGAGGAGCAAAUCAAGCAGCUUAGCGAGGAAAACAAGGAGUUAAGAAAACGAGGCGGUUCCCCGUCUAAAGGAGAAAGAAAAGAGACGAGAGAAGAGGAAGAGCUGAGUCUAGAACAGCAGCUGUCUGACAAAGCAGUAAUAAACACAGAAGUGUCCCGAGCAGCGGACGCAGGUGUUAUGGACACGGACACUGCCUCGUCCCUCUCAGAGGCACUGCAGGACUGCAACUCAGUGCGUGACGUCAUAAAGACCCUAUUCAGCCACGGGUCUGCUCAGGUAGACAAGAAGAUGAAGGAGAGAGAGUUACAGCUGGAGAGACAGAACACUAAGGUAGAACAUCUUAAGAGUCAGAUAGAUGUAAUGGCGCUAACUUUAGCAGAGAGUAAAGGGUAUGCAGAUAAGCUGAGUAUGCUUGUAGGCCAGUAUGACGCCGGUAAUAGCGCUCUUAGUCUGGCUGUAAAGUACACUGAAAUGGCACUGGAAGUAUCUGAAGUUCUCAACCUCCUCUCAGACUCAGAACAGAAUGUUUUGUUAGCGAACUGCAACAAAGCAGGCCCUGACACUAAACUAGCUAGUGGAACUGGUAAAGUGACGAUAGAGAGGAAGCGAGCCAUGAACAACAGACGUCAGGUGGAGAUGAGAGCAAAGUCUCUUCUCCAGAAACUAGAGAAAACACUAGAGGACCCGUCAGGAGUUUGGGAGACUAUGAGUAACAGUACCCACACCAGCAAACAAAGUAACGGGGCUAGCAGUGUAGGCUCUCACAGCUCUGCUGCAGAGAUUGAGAUAUCUCAGAGUGAGAUCCUCCGCUUCAAGGAGUAUAAGGAGCAGCUUAAAGGACACAAAAAUGCGCUGAAAGCCACAAUUAUAGACCUAGAUACCAGCAUUCUUCAUCCAGAUUCCGAUGUUCCUAAAACUAACUCCAAGACAGAUCUUAGACUGGAUCUGGAGCACGCUGUGAUGCUACAGGAACUGAACUGCGCUAAAGAAGAGAGGGCUGAAAUGAAGGCUAUGGCUUACCUCGCACAACAAGAGCUGAGAACAUUGGAGCUGCGUUUAGAGGCAGCUAAACUACAAGAACAGGGCUUUAAGACUCAGAUGAGCUACUACAAGACAGAGUGGAGAGAGGAACUAAGGAAGAGAAGGAGGUUAGCUAAAGAAGUGAAAGCUAGGAACACUGGCGAACCUAACCCAGAGGAGUUUACUUUGGAGAUGGAGUUGUCUGAGGCACUCAAGAGGGAGAAGAAACUGAAAGUGAAGAUGGCAGAGUUAACGGAGACGAUAGAGAGACUGUCUAGGAACGCAGAAAUGAGGCACACCCAACAAGGAACCUAUAUCAGCGACCUUAAGAGAACUAACGAGGCCCUGACCAGUGCCUACGAUAAGAGUAAGAAGAAACAUGCAUUAUCCCUCAAGAAACUGGAAGCUCAAAUCACUCAGCUUGUAGCGCAACACGAACGUGAAACUAAACACUCUGCAGAUCAGAGCAAACAUGAAGAAUUAGCUAACAAUAGGUUAUCCUACUUUGAAGAGAGAAGUUGUAGCAGUUUUGGAAGUCAGGGACACGGGGAGGAGACAGAACUGUGAGACAUGGUUACCAUGGCAACUAUACUGUUGUCAUGUGUAUAGUACCCAACACGUCAGACAGAGUUCGCAGUGAAAUUAAGUUAAAGAUUUUACCUUUUGCCAGAAACUAUUCUCAUUUGUUUGAGAGCGACUUCUUUAUACCGAGUCGCUAGAUUCAUAUGUCAACACAAUCUGUUGGAAGCAGAAAAAAACUUGUAAAUUAUGAUUCAGCCAUAACUUAAACAUUGAAUUUUUAUUUUGACUGACAAUUUCUGUAUACUUUUUAAAGAUUAAAUAUAUUUAUACGGUAUUGCAAUAUGCUAUUAGCGUGAAUUUAAGAAUAUUUAUGGAAAUGGUACAAAUACCUCAACAUUUGGAAUAUGAAUAUUCUCCAACAUCUGUUUGCAAAUUAGAUUUGACAUCUGAUUAAACGCAUUUACUAAUUAAAUUCUUGAUUGAAAAAUAAUUAAGUUGUAGUAUAGAACAGAUACAUUUAAUUUCUAUUUAUAAAGUUUUUUUUUGGUUGAAAGGUAGAUUAAGAAUAAGAUAUCAUCAUUAUAUUAAUGUACCAUGUACAAGUUUGAAUGUUCAAUUUACUUUCAUUAA